GGGCGGCAGCACUACGCAUGUACCGGCGGGCGGGCAGCGGGAGGAGCCGCGGCCGCCGGGCGGGCUGCGCUCCUCCCUCCUCCUCCUCCUCUUUCUCCUCCUCCUCCUCCUCCUCCUCCUCGCCGUCCUCUUCUUCCCCUUCCCCAUCUGCCCGCCUCCAGCGCUUUCCCGCCGCCCGCCCUCCGCGCACGGCGGGUCCCGCCUCGCGCCGCUGCCGACACGGCCGCCGCUGCCGCUGCGGGAACAAAGGAGCGACGCGGCGGCGGCGCGGCCGCCAGCUCGGCGCCCCCCGCGCUCUCGACAGCCGCCCGGAGCCGUCCGCGGCGUCUUCUCCGGCACCCGCCUCGGGGUUCGUGGCCCCCGCCGGGAACAGCAUCGAGAUGACUCAGGAGACAAAUCAGACCCCAGGGCCUAUGCUGUGUACUACAGGAUGUGGAUUUUAUGGAAAUCCUAGGACAAAUGGGAUGUGUUCUGUUUGCUACAAAGAACAUCUUCAGCGACAGCAGAAUAGUGGUAGAAUCAGCCCAAUGGGAACAAGCAGUGGUUCAAACAGUCCUACCUCAGACUCUGCAUCUAUACAGAGAGCAGACACUAGCUUAAACAACUGUGAAGGUGCUGCUGGCAGCACAUCUGAAAAAACAAGAAACGUGCCUGUUGCCGCUUUGCCUGUAACACAGCAAAUGACAGAAAUGAGCAUUUCAAGAGAGGAAGAAUUAACACCCAAAACAGAGACUGAGCCAGUUGUUACUCAACCAAGCCCAUCAGUUGCCCAGCCUAGUACUUCAGAGAGUGAAGAGAGAGCUGCUGAACUGCCGAAACCAAAGAAGAACAGAUGUUUCAUGUGCAGGAAGAAGGUUGGCCUUACAGGAUUUGACUGCCGAUGUGGAAACUUAUUUUGUGGACUUCACCGUUAUUCUGACAAGCAUAACUGCCCAUAUGACUACAAAGCAGAAGCUGCAGCAAAAAUCAGAAAAGAAAAUCCAGUUGUCGUGGCUGAAAAAAUUCAGAGAAUAUAAAUUAACCUGCUUGUGAAAAGACUGACUGACUUUUUGUGGGGCUUUUUUUUUUUCAAUACAUCCUAAAAAACAUGAAAGAGCAGGUGCAUGGCCAUUUUCCUUUGUUCUUCAAAAUUUUACUUCUAGUCCUGUCUGUCUAAAUGCUAUUUCAAAAUGUUUGAGAGUUUGUUACAGGCAGAAUUGGAUAGAUACAGCCCUUGAAAAUAUACAUGCCCUUCCCAGAAUAUAGUUGGAUGAUCAGAAAGCUGCACAGGAAUACAUAUGCACAGAGGACAUACUCUAGUUCACUUGUGCCAAACAGAUGUGUGCUGUCUGCAUGUAUGCAGCAGAUCUGCCUUUGAGAUGUGCUUGAGGUAUUUAAUGUUUGGCUAAUGUUACUGGCCUGUUUUGGAGAAGAAUACAUCGAAACGGUGGCAGUCUACUUCUCUCAUUUAAAAUCUCAUUCUACUUUUAGUUUCCACACUCCAUUUUAGUUUUCCAGCAGAAUGUGAGCUGUAUAGGAGGGUCCACCAUCCCAGAAAGAUGAAUGUUGGUGCCAUAUUUAAGUCACUUAACAAUUGCACUGAGAAAAAUGGAAAAAAUCAGAUACAUAGAAGAAGAAAAUUGUUUUGGAAAAGAUUACAUUGACUUUAAAAUCUUGACAAGAUGUUCCCAAAUGAAAUGUCCUGUUAGGAGCUUAUGAACUGGCCUGCAACAGAGUUGUCUGCUUUUCCUUGCAUAGCUAAAAAUGAGUAGCACAGUAUUGUAAGAUUGGUUUGCAGAAUAAGGUUACAUACGUUUCUAGACAUACCACAGCAGCUCUAUCAAGCAACACGGGUCUAAAUAAGUUGCUGAAGUAUUAGAGCAGUUUAUUAUUCAUAUACUACUUCUGUUCUGUGUGUUCCGAGUUCAAAAGAAUAUUAGGAGUUAAUUUUUCUAGUUUUAAAUGUAACAGUUGCACCAUUCUGCAUGGAAAACCAUACCCAACAUGGCUGCUGUAGUGGUAGCUGGAACCACUCUUGGAGGGCUGCUUUAUCAUUUUUAAUUGUACUUGGGUAUAGGACUGUAGUGUUCUUGGGUGUAUUGCAUGGGCUGCAUUAUCUAUGGCAUUGUACAAUAACAACUCUAGAAAAGGCAGUAUUCUUCACUGAUGCUUGUCUGGUAAUAUAUAUCACUUCUGUGUUAUAAUGGAAGGGGGUUUUGUGAUGUACGAAACUUGUGUUUUUAUAUAAACAAAUACAGUUUUAGACUAGUGUUGUGAUAAUGCCUGUUCCCAUCUGUAAAUAGUUACGUAUGUACACAAGGCGCUACUUCUGACCUUCUGAUUUUUAUUGCCAGUGUUCAGUCUUAGUUUUUACUUCACUAUUAAAAGUGUCAGGUUUUUGCUUCUAACUUUUGUUCUUCUGAGUUAUUAGAUAUGCAAACAUGUACAGAUAGUUCUUAUUUAUGUAUUGCACAUAAGCUACCCAGCAUCUAUGCUAUAUUGUAUUAUGUAAAUAAUAAAAAUAAUGUACAGAAGGAAA